GUGUGUUUACUUCAGCAUAGCCCUUUCGAGUCUCUGGGAGCACGGUGUGUGCGUUGAAAGGCAGAAGUCAGGGAGGCUCUCGUCUGCAGUUGUUCUAGCAUUUCCCUUCUGCUCCACAGUUCUUCUUCGUUUUUUCUCUUUAGAAACCUUUUAAUUCUCAAACAAAAUGGAUGCUAUCAAGAAGAAGAUGCAGGCCAUGAAGGUCGACAGGGAGAAUGCCCAGGACCUGGCUGAACAGAUGGAGCAAAAGUUGAAGGAAACAGAGACAGCUAAGGCUAAGUUGGAGGAGGAUUUCAACGAUCUCCAGAAGAAACUCACCACCACCGAAAACAACUUUGAUGUAGCUAACGAACAGUUGCAAGAGGCAAACACUAAGCUCGAGAACUCAGAAAAACAGAUCACCCAGCUAGAAAGCGAUGUUGCUGGACUCCAGAGAAGGCUCCAACUGCUGGAAGAUGAUCAUGAAAGAUCUGAAGAGAAGCUUACUUCAACCACAGAGAAAUUGGAAGAGGCAUCCAAAGCUGCAGAUGAGAGUGAGAGAAAUCGCAAGGCACUUGAAGGCAAGAAUAACACUAAUGAGGAGAGGAUUGAUGAGCUAGAAAAACAGUUGGAAACUGCUAAAAACGUUGCACAGGAUGCUGACACUAAAUUUGAUGAGGCCGCCCGUAAGCUUGCUAUUACAGAAGUGGACCUUGAGCGUGCCGAGACCAGAUUGGAGGCUGCUGAUGCAAAAGUCCUUGAGUUGGAGGAGGAAUUGAAAGUCGUGGGCAACAAUAUGAAAUCAUUGGAGAUCUCUGAACAAGAGGCAUCACAGAGAGAGGAUAGCUACGAGGAAACCAUCAGAGAUCUCACUAAGAACCUGAAGGAUGCUGAAAACAGGGCCACAGAAGCCGAGAGACAAGUAGUCAAACUGCAGAAAGAGGUGGACAGACUUGAAGAUGAGCUGCUUGCAGAGAAGGAAAGAUAUAAGGCAAUCAGUGACGAACUGGACCAGACCUUUGCUGAGAUUGCUGGUUACUAAUGUGUCAAACAAGGACAUAUUCCCCUCACCAAAUUUAAAUCAUAAAUUACGAGGAUAGACAGACAAAGAAAAGACUGUCAAAUGGAAAAAAUAAAUGUUACAUCAGCUUUGUACAGCUAUACAAAUCGUCGUGCAAGAAUUUGAUAAAGAGAACCUGCCACAAAGGAUCCAACAUUUUUUCUUAAUGUGUGUAAUGGUACAGACAAAGAAAUUCCAAAUUUAUGUAAAUUAUUAUAAGAAAUGCUAAUCUCUAUGUGACCUUGCCGCGAUAUUGCGACCCAGCGCGGGAGUGAGAGACUACAGAGUAAGGACGGAUGGGGUCGACCGGGUCUACUUUUUAACCUCUCUACUCUUGGUGUAUUUGUAUGUAUGUUACUUUUGUGAUCGGUUUCUUUUCGAACACCUGUCAGACUUCUGCAAAGCUACUACUUCUGGGGGGUAAAAUAAUGUUCAUUUCUAUAUUUAUAUACAGUGUAUAUAUAAUUGAUACAUACAUGGAUUCAUAUUUCGUUAUUUUAUCAUGUUAUGACAUCGGAACACGACACAGACGAUUGUGUUAUCCAUGCCUGGCGCAUUCUGUACUUGAGGCUCGGGAAGGCAAUGCUAGCGGCACAUGGUUACCAUUUAAGUAGUAGCUGCGCAGAGGUUUGAAUCAGGAGUACAAAAACCAAUCGGGGUAAUAUUGCGAGAUAUGACAGUGGUGGAAAUUUGACAGCUUUAGAAAUGUAGAGUCGUUUAUAUACGAAAAGAUACAAGUUAGUUGUAGGAAUGUAGAGGGACUCGCCAAUAGCUUGGUUGUAAUAUGUACAUCACAUAGUCCUAGAGAGGCUGUCCACAUCUGCCCUUGCAUUCAAAAACGACGACCAAGAAAUUCCAGCAAUCAUUUAAUCCACCACACGAUUAUAUUUUUUUCUAUUUUUGUUUAUAUAUAAAAAGACUUAAUGGCAAUAUCCAGACAACGCCAUUGUGAUUUUUUUUAGAAGAACUAAAUGCUUUAAAUUUCCACGGCUUCUUGUCCUGCCCCUAUUUAAAUAAAGAAGGUGUAUGUACUAUGUCUUUGGAAUGAUUUAUUUUGCAUGUUGUUUGUGUAUAGAAGAAUGUGUUGUAUGGACUACAAACAAAAACGUAGCUGGCUAUAUUAUUGAAAACAAAUUUAUACUUUUUCCUUCACAGAUUAUUUACCUUAUAUAUUAUACUUUUUGAUUGAGAAUUGAUUUUUCUCAUCUUUAAAAUAUCCUUAUUAUGAUACGAAAUUUUUAUCACUAUACAUAUACUUGUGUAGACACAGAUAAAGAGGAAACUUUUGUAGGUGUACUAAUUUCGUGACAUUACUCAUGUUACUUUUGCCAUGUGACCAAGUCUGGUUAGCUGUACAGGAGGGAAAAGUGAGAAAUAUAUUUGUCAUGUGACAACUGUAGACGGAAGACUCCUAGUGUUCCUAGACUUCUGCUUCCAUUGCAUUUCCCUGGAUAUUGCCAAUUUGUUUUAAUCAACAAUAAACUUGUAUUGCUUACA